CAGCUGAAAUCUGACUGACAACUUAGGUUAGGAUUGAAGAAUUUGUAUUGAAUCGAAUCUAAAGUUUGUUGUAUUAUAGUGAAGAUUAGUGCAAUGUAAUGUAAAUAUAAUUCUGUGAUUAGGAAUGUGUAGCAUGUUUAGUUAUUAGUUUGGAUGAUUCAAAGAGUUAAUAUAUUUUAUAGUUAUAGCAUAGCUCAAAUUAAAUUGUUCAACAACUAGAGUGUAGCCUACAGGAAUAAUUUAAAAAGUAAAACCUAUAUUACUCUAACCUUAAGAUUUAUUUUUAAAACAUACAAUUUUAUCUUACAAAUAUGCUGUCUGGCAUGUUCAGAGAAUCUGAUAAUUUAGUUGCAAAAAGAAGGAAACAGAUUGAUACACUCAAAAUCUUCAAUGCCAAUGUGUUUGAAGUCAAGGAUGACUCUGAAUACAGAGUGGAAUUCAACUCUGGUAGUAACAAACUGUCUCUGCUGGUUGUGUUGGGUCCUAAGUUCCCCUUGGAGAAUCCCAUCUUGAAGAUAGUUCCUAAUGUGCAGCAUCCAUGGGUCAGUGAGAGCGGUGAAAUCACCGGUGCUCCAGGACUAUUAAAUUUCACAGUACAUUCUGACCUGGGACGUGUAGUACAGGCGAUAGUGCGAGAAUUGGAGCUUCGACCACCACCGGUACUUGGAGGUACUGGGUCCCCUCCGUCCUCGCAAAGAGUGGAAAUAGGUGGACCAAUGUCUCCCAACAACUAUGGCUAUUCGGGCACUCCCCCAGGAGUAGCUGGCUUCCCCUCCUACAGGCCACCCCCUCUGGUUGUGGGCCAGAGUCAACCAGCAGGCAACCCCAACAAACAUGUGUCACUGGCAUUUCCUGAGCUGAACAAUUUAACAGUAUCUGAAUUGGAACUACUAAACUCCAAUAAUGAUUCCUUGGAUGAAUUUGUAGACUCCCUUCCUGUCAUGAAAGGUAUUGACAGAGUAAUGGAAGAAUGGAUCACAAGAAAUGAAGAAGUGGCAAAGGAGACACUGUCCAAGGAGGGCCAGCUGGAAGAAUUGAGAGCAGCUGUGGGAGAGAAACUUGAGACUGCCUGUCAGUUGAAAGCAAGACAUGAGACCCUCAGCCUGGAGUACCAAAGGUUGGCAGACAGAUACAGCCCACAGAGCAUCAGGGAACACGUGAAGAGAGCGGCAAUGAAGAGUGAUGAGGAGAGUGAACACAUUGCAGAACAAUUCCUCAAUGGAGACAUGGACCUGGACACCUUCCUGUCGGCCUACACUCAGAAACGCAUGCUGAGCUAUUGCCGGAAAACUAAAGAAGAAAAGCUAAGCCACCAACUUCAAGAGUUACAAAGAGCUGGUUUUUGACCACAUUUUAUAUUAACAUUGUGAUUUUAGUUCCUUUUUUGUAUAUAUAAUUGUAUAUAACCAUUCCACCCUUCUAGAUGUCUGUAUUUUAUUUGUAUGUAAUCUUCUAUAAAUACAUAUUUCUAUAUUAUGAUA